GCCUGCUUUGAGGGGGGGAGGCUGGAAUGAGAAGGAAAGGCCUCGGACGAAGGCCGCGUUCGUCCUCGUUCGGCCGCUGGCCCGCUCGCCAAGGAUUCUGGGAGUCGUAGUUACAAGCCGGCCGUUCUCCGAAUGUCCAAGAUGGAGAUGGGAGGAGCGCCCGCCACUUCCGGCUCCCGAGCGGGGAAAGGCCCCGAGUCAGGAUUCAUUGAAGUGGAACAGAAGUUCUUUUUCGGGCCUGAUACUGCAGAGAAGCUGGUGGCAUUAGGGGCAACUUUGGAAGGUAAUAUUACCUUCCGCGAUCAGUACUACGAUGUACCAGAUUUCCGGCUCACCCUAGCCGACCACUGGCUCCGGCAACGGGAGGGGACCGGCUGGGAACUGAAGUGCCCCCCGCAGCCACAAGAGGGCGCCAGAGUUCCAGGCUCUGCCACUGGCUCGGCCACCAAAAAUGAGAAGCCACGUUGUGUGCCACAAGCACCCGCCGGAGACCACGAUGACCUUCGCCAACCACUUCCACCACUGCAGCCACUCGAGAGAGCCGGCCGGAGAGAAUCUGCCACCAAGUACCUGGAAGUGACCUGUCCCCGUGAGAUCGUGGCCCGUGUCUGCGAGCUGAUGGGCGUGGACCCAGAGCCGAGUUGGUGGGAAAACGUGGCCGUCGCAACAAAAGAACUCAGCCUGCAGGAGUUUGCCAGUUUUGUGACCCGGCGACGCCAAUACCGCCUGGACAACCUGAACGUGGUCCUCGACGAGGCUGAUUUUGGCUACGCCGUAGGAGAAGUGGAGGCCAUUGUCAGGAAGUGGGAGGAAGUGUCGGAAGCUUUGGAGAACAUACAGAAACUGGGAUACCAACUGGGUGAGGAGGCAAUCAGCUUUGGCCCUUUUUUAAAAAGCAUUGACAUGAGAACACGGUUUCCCGGGAAGAUGUCUGCUUACCUGUAUAAAUUCAGACCAGCACACUACAAUCUCCUGAUGCAAGCGGGAAGAUUAAGGAGUGCGGGGGACGAAACGGAUGGACAGGGGGGAAAGGACUCAGCCUAGGGGCUGUGCUUGGGUUCAUGGUGGUGGUAAAAAGAUCCUGCCUUUAGACUACCUCAAUGGUGGCCAAUAUAUGGCCCUCUAGUAGCAAACACACCACCACAGCUGGUUAUUUGACCUUCUUCUCCAAUCUCCAAUCUAUUAGCAACACAGAAAAAGGUGAACGGCGUCUCCUGGAAGACUCCAGAUUAUGUGGUUCAUCUCUCAGCUCCCUGCACUGCUGGAACUCCCCAAAAUAGCAAUUUUUCAAAAUUUUAAGUGGACUUUCAGCCACUUCCAGUUUAAUUUCUUCCUGGGUUUCUUUACUUCCUGAAGCGGGGCCAUUUUGCUUGGUCUUUGUGACCUCCAGCAGGUCCCGAGAUUAGAACAUUGUCCAAUAUUGUCCGCCGCCACCCUUGACUGCUUGCUUUCUGCGUCUGUACUGUCGUUAGAUGGCAGAAAAGGAAUUAAAGUGAAUAAAAGAGUAAGAAGAAAGAC